CCCAGAGACAGACUUCCUGGUCUGCGGCGGGCAGCCCGGGUGAGCAGCAGCGGCGGCGGGGGACCCCGGAGCCAUGGGGCGCGCGCGCGACGCCAUCCUGGAGGCGCUGGAGAACCUGACCGCCGACGAGCUCAAGAAGUUCAAGCUGAAGCUGCUGUCGGUGCCGCUGCGCGACGGUUACGGGCGCAUCCCGCGGGGGACGCUGCUGCCCAUGGACGCCGUGGACCUCACCGACAAGCUCGUCAGCUCCUAUCUGGAGGCGUACGGCGCCGAGCUCACGGCGGUCGUGCUGCGCGACAUGGGCAUGCAGGAGACGGCGGAGCAGCUGCAGGAGAUCACGCACAAGGCCCAGGCAGCCGCGCCAGCCGGGAUCCUGGCCCCUCAUCAGAUGGCGGCCAAGCCAGCACUGCACUUUAUAGACCAGCACCGGGCCGCCCUCAUCGCGCGGGUCACGGAGGUGGACGGGGUGCUGGAUGCCCUGUACGGGAAGGUCCUGACCGAGGAGCAGUAUCAAGCAGUGCGGGCGGAGCCCACCAGUCCCACGAAGAUGAGGAAGCUCUUCAGCUUUGCUCCAGCCUGGAACGUGGUGUGCAAGGAUCUGCUCCUCCAGGCCUUGAGGGACACCCAGCCCUUCCUGGUGGCCGACCUGGAGCAGAGCUGAGGUGUCUUCCCCAGCAGCGACCCCACAUCCAACCCCUGGCGAUUCCAGCUAACUCAUCCUAAGUCUGAUUUUUUUGUACACAAUAUAUGCAAAACCAACUUCUA